AUGGCCCUCGCAUUGCAGGCAGCCCUGUCGGCCGCCCUCCUCAUCGUUGCGGCGGCGACGCCUCCAGGCAGUGGGGUUGGGGCGGAGGGAUUCGCUGUCAAGGGAAACGAUGAUCGUGACGGGGAGGCGGAAGAGGUCUACAUUGACAUAAGUGGACUUCGAGACAAGGUUACCGAUGGUGUGCUUUCCGACGGAGCGACUCUCGACGAAAGGUGGGAUUGCGACAGGGGGAAGUUUGUGAAAAGGUUGGGGCCGCGCUUGGAGCUCGCGGGCAGCCGUUUCAUCAUCCACGGCUUCAAUCAACACGACAUGGUCAGAUGGGGAGCUCAUGAGCCGGACAGGCAUCGGGUGGCGAAGAUUCUGUCCGAUGCAGCAGAUUUGGGGAUGAACAGUCUGAGAACCUGGGCAUUCAAUGACGGCGACAGGUGGCUGCCUAUUCAGGUCGGGCCAGGGAAGAUCAGCGAUCGAGUCCUCAGGGAAGGAUUGGAUUUUGUCCUGGACGAAGCGCGCAAGCGUGAGUUUCGGGUCAUUCUGACGCUGACGAACUUUUGGAACGACUUCGGCGGAAUGCAGGAGUACGUGCAAUGGGCGGGGGGAAACAAUGUUCGAGAAUUCUACACCAACGAGGCAGUGAAGGAUACGUUUAAAGAUUAUGUGGCCUCGAUUGUCACACGCCGAAGCAGUGUCACUGGCAUCGAGUACAGAUAUGAUCCCACCAUCCUGGGAUGGGAACUGGCCAACGAAGCCAGGGACCCUGGCAAUGUUGGGAGCAAGGCACUGCAGGGAUGGCUUGACGAAAUGGCUGCAUUCAUUCGGAGACUUGAUCCCAAUCACCUCAUUGCAACCGGAACAACUGGACUCUUUGGCCCUUCUUCUCCGAAGAAGCUUGCGCUCAAUGCGCACGCAAUGGAUGUGUUUAACAGCCCCACCCCAAGCCCUCAUCGCUACGAUGGAAUCUGUGAGGGAGAAGAUUUCCUUAAGGACAAUCAGGGGCAGCAUGUCGACAUACCUACAGUGCACAUCUGGCCGGACCACAGUAUGGCCUGUGAUUUUCAAUGCAAGAAAGAAUGGUCUAUCAAGAAUUUGCAGGGGCAUUUUGAGGCCGCUAACACAUUGGGGAAGCCGCUUCUCCUGGAAGAAUUCGGGAUUCUGAGACCGGAUGGGCAACGCCAUGAAUUUUACAGAGCAAUGUACGAAGAGCUGAAAGCCGCCAUUGCAAGAGGUGUUCCAGUUGCAGGUGCCCUGAUGUGGCAGCUUGGUGGCGAAGGUGCACUCGAUUACGGUGGCUACACUGUAUAUGUAAAUGCCAGCGAAAAUGAAAGAAGCAGGCCACCGUUUUCGAAGCCUCGCGGCUACCAUCAGAACACCUCGGUCCAAGUGGUGGAUGACCUGGACUUCAGGAACUGGGGAGAAAUGAUGGAUUGCAUGAAGGAGAAAGAAACGAGAAACGGAGAGGAGUGGGGCGAAACUCUCGAAGUGCUGAAGAAUUUUCUGGCUCCAGAAGAAUGGCUGAUGUAG